UUUGCAUAUGUAUAGAAAUUAUUAAUAGUUUCGUUGACGAAAUUAUAUACUUCCUUGGCGUGGGGAGCAAGAUCCUCAUUAAUCCGUUUAAUACUCAGAUAAUGUGAUUAUAUAAGAACAUAAUACUUGCAAAGUAAAGAUACUAUCAAAGAGACUUUUUGUUAAUAGCAUUCACAAACACGACAAACAGAAAAGAGGCUAUGGAUUAUACAGGCAACAAACUGAAGAAACAUAACUUAGAAGCUGAGAAACGACUCAAGAAGGUGGAACAAGAUUAUCUCCACACAAGCCAAAAGUACACAGAAUCAGAUUCACAGUUUCAGAGCCUAUACAAUGAGAGAAGGCGUGCCGACAGUCUCUGUUCCUCGGCUGAAGCUUUCACUGACUGGUGCAACAAUCUGGUAAAGAAACUACAUGAGGCUCUUGACAAGAUACCUACAACAGAAGAAACCAUUGAUCAUAGCGUACAAUUCUCGAUGUCCAACAGCGUUGAAAGCUUGGAAGAUGAACAAUGCCAGAAGCUGGACUGUGAAGCAAUACGUGAUUUCAGAGAAGUUAGCCGUGAGCUCUACUACAUUCAAAGAAAAAUGCCAAGGAGUGAGAGCAGAAGAUCUAUACAGGGUCUCCUAAAUGAGGUUAAAGAGAAAAACAAGUGUAAAGACAAAGCUGUUUUAACUUGUACACUGGUUUGUAACCCUACAAGUUGUGACAAUUUGAGAAAAUCUGUGGAGCUGGAAAUAAAAAUUCUAAAGAAGCUGAUCAGAGAGAUUCAAAAAGACUGGGAAGACAAACUGCAGAUUAGGCAAUGCGCAAGGGAUCUAUAUAGCGAUUCCAAACGAAAAGUGAAGCAUCUGUGGAAGAAAAAGGACCACCUAUCUGGACAAUGGGACGAAGAAAAGAAACACAUGCUCCGGAAUAAGGAAAAGCAUGAGAUGAGGAUAGGUGCAUAUCCUGAGGCUGAAUAUAUCAAGAUGGUGAAUGAUAUAACUUACCAUUAUCGGAUGUAAUAUAUAAUUUCAUCUUCAUAGUUUCACUGCUGUGACUGUAGCUUGGUUUGAACAAAAAUAACUAACGUUCUUUAAAAAUACAUAAAAGACUUGGCAAUCUUCAGCUAUAUAGUCAACGUCAAGUGAUUCUAAAAUGAUUGUUGUUAGAAUUUAAUUACAAAAGGUGGACCAAGCCAAUAUAUAGAAUAAACUAAACACAUGACUGAUUCAGUGACAGAGAUAUAAUCUAAGAAAACAAAGGAUAAAGACCAAAGUAAACUUCCAAGAAACAACACAACAAUCACUAUCCCUUGUUCUCUAAGCUUUGACCAACCAACAAAAUCUGAAGUAAUUUUCAUAAUAUAAAACAAUAAAACUCAGGAACUCAAGAACAUCAUAAAAUAGCAAGAACCAACCCAUCUUUGGCCUCAAUGGCAUCAUCAUCAUCAUCAUCUUCUCCACUAAAAUUCAUAGAGAAGGCUCUUCUUGCAACUGGUCCAUUUGCUCUGUCCUACACCGAUCCAGACCAGAAAUGGGUCAUAAGAAAGCAUCUAACUUCGUUCCUCCAAGACUUCUCAAACUUCGACCUCUCUACUGAUACUUUCAACCACAACAACGGAACCACAGUUCAACUCUUUCGUCUGGAUGGCUCUCUACGUACUCCUCAGCAAAGCACAGCUGUACAGUUGACCAUUUGGGUUCACGAGAACUACCCGUUGACUCCUCCUCUUGUCUUUGUGAUCCCUCCUGAUUCGAUGACUCCGGUUCGGACCAACCACCCAUUCGUCAGCUCCUCUGGUUACACAAACUCUAACUACAUCGAGACUUGGGAGUACCCACCGUGCAAUCUCCUCAACUUCGUUCGAAACCUCAGGAGAGUUCUUGCUAAUGACCACCCGUUUGUUCAGACAGACUCUAUCCCGACCAAGACUCGGUCGGUUUCAAGACCCGAAGCUCUAGACAGGUUAGUCACGAGUCUCCACUACGACGUGUUGGCAAUCAUGUCAAUAUCAGAGGAAGAGAUUGAAAGCCUCUGGAGACUCCAGAAGGAAGUGAAGCAAAGAUCAGAAUCGGUUAGAACGAUCAUCAGCGACCUUGAGACAGAGAGGGAGACACUUAAAGAGAAUGUUCUGAAGCUAGAAGAGGACACAGAUGUGUUGGCUAUAUGGGUGGAGAGGAACUAUCCCAAGCUGAUGAAAGCGACGUCCAAGGACGUGGGAGUCGAAGAGAUGUUUGAAAUGGAAGAAGAGAAGAAACUGUUGGUGGAGAGCUUGGCGGCAGAUAAGGCUAUUGAAGAUGUGCUGUGUAAUUUGGAAGAAGCUAGUAGAAGGGGAGAGAUGGAGAUUGGUUCGUAUCUGAAGCAUGUUAGAGUCUUGGCUAGAGAACAGUUCUUCUCGAGGCAUCAUCACCUAUAUAUGUAAAUAUAUACUAAAAUGAGUCUUUUUGGAUUUCAUCUUUUAAUCUUCCCUUACAUUCAUAUAUAUUUACCCAGUGUUAUAAAAGAUCGGUUUAUCCUCCGUCUAUUCGGUAAAUCAACCUAAACGAAAUGAUUUUUAAAAAUCA